CAUUACCGAAAGCCUCUUCCGUCAUUUCAGUUUUUGUGUUUUCAUACAUCAUUCUUCGUUCUCUCUCUUUCUCCCUCUCCCCCAAAUCGUUCAAACCCUAGAAAUUCCUCUUUCAAAAUCUCACAUCUUUCAUCAAUCGAACCCUAGAUUUCCUCAUCAAACUCUCACUUCCCCAAUUCAGAUCCCCAAUCAGUACCGCGAUUUCCCGCAUCGAUCCCUUUUUCUUUUAAACCCCUCGAUCGACGAUUGAAAUUAAAAAUCCCCGAUUUCCUUACGGUGGCUCUCGCAUGGGUAAAAUUCUCCGAGAAACCGCAAAGCCAUCGUCCAGUUCAUGCUCUCCGUCUUCCUCAUCGGAACCGGCGACAACCUCGUCGACUUCGAUCACGGAGACAGUGAAAGGCUCUCACCAGUUCAAGAUCACGGGGUACUCGUUGUCAAAAGGGAUCGGGAUUGGGAAAUACAUAGCGUCGGAUAUAUUCUCUGUGGGUGGGUACGAUUGGGCCAUCUAUUUCUACCCUGAUGGAAAGAGUGUUGAGGAUAAUGCCACCUACGUGUCCCUCUUCAUCGCGCUCGCCAGCGAGGGUGCUGAUGUUAGGGCUCUUUUUGAGUUGACGCUUUUGGAUCAGAGUGGGAAGGAGAGGCAUAAGGUUCAUAGUCAUUUCGAGAGGACUCUUGAAAGUGGGCCUUACACGUUGAAAUACCGCGGCAGUAUGUGGGGAUACAAGAGGUUUUUUAAGAGGACAGCUUUAGAGACAUCAGACUACCUUAAAGAUGACUGCCUCUCUGUAAAUUGUAGUGUUGGUGUUGUGAGGUCACACACAGAAGGCCCAAAGAUAUAUUCCAUUGCAAUACCACCUUCUAACAUUGGUCACCAAUUUGGUCAACUGCUGGAAACUGGUAUAGGAAAUGAUGUGAGUUUUGAAGUGGAUGGGGAAGUUUUUAAUGCUCAUAAAUUGGUGCUAGCAGCGCGUUCUCCUGUUUUCAGAGCCCAGCUUUUUGGUCCUAUGAAAGAUCACAAUACUCGGUGUAUUAAAGUUGAAGACAUGGAAGUUCCAGUUUUUAAGGCAUUGCUUCAUUUUAUAUACUGGGACUCACUGCCUGACAUGCAAGAGCUUACUGGUAUGAACACAAAAUGGGCAACAACCUUGAUGGCCCAACAUCUUCUAGCAGCUGCUGAUCGAUAUGCCUUAGAGAGGCUCAGGCUUAUCUGUGAAGCGAGUCUAUGUGAAGAUGUUGCCAUAAAUACUGUGGCUACGACUUUAGCCUUGGCAGAGCAGCAUCACUGUUUCCAGUUGAAAGCAGUCUGUCUCAAGUUUAUUGCUACCUCCGAAAAUCUCAGAGCUGUGAUGCAAACUGAUGGAUUUGAGUACUUGAAGGAAAGUUGCCCGCCUGUUCUGACUGAGCUGUUGGAGUACGUGGCUAGAUUUACCGAGCAUUCGGACUUUAUGUGCAAGCAUAGGAAUGAAGCAAUACUCGAUGGCAGUGACAUAAAUGGGAGGCGGGUGAAGCAAAGGCUUUAGUGAUUUGAGCAGCUUUCUGUACAACCCUCUUACACUCUCCUUUUUAAAUGAUAGUGAGAGCCAUAGUUAGAGGGAGGAUGAUGAUGAUCGAUUAUAGGAUUAGAGGCAAUUUUUUAUUUUCUUAGCCUAUUCUUGUGUAAGAGAGAUGUAAAUGUAAUUUGUGUUGGUGCUGUUUGUUACUGUUCUAAUAGGUUUCUGUAGUAUAUUUGGUGUAUUGCCUUUUAUUUGGUUAAAAACAUUUGUUUGAAAGGAUUGAUGACUCUUGUUUUUGUGUUCA